AUUGUGGCGCGGGUUAUACAACCACUGGUCAGAUUAAUUUCGCCCUAAAAACCGUUUAACCAGUUGAUGUACAAAAAAAACUGCAAUGGCGAAGGACGGAGGAGGGGAAGAAAGCGUGGAGAAGGAAGGGCACCACCUAUUGGGCGAACCAACCUUCAAGCAGCUGGAGAAACGGCGCUUCAAGUGCGUGGAGACCGGUCACGAGCUUCCGGCUCAUGCCAGAGACUCGUAUGCCCGGAGCAAGCAUUGCCGUUUAGGCCUCAUUGAUGCAGCUUUGGCUACUAAAAAGCCCAUCCUGAAUAUGUUCUCUCAAGACCCUCUUUCCAGGUCAAAAUUAAAAUGCAAGUUGACUGGCCUAAUUGUUAACAAAUCCGAGGAACAUAUUUGGAAACAUAUUAACGGGAAGCGCUUCCUAAGAAUGUUAGAGAAAAAGGAAGCUGAGCAGAAGAUGCCAGAUGAUAUGCUCCAAGAUGAGAAAAUUGAACAACAAUUGCAGGAAAAGACAAAGAAGAAAGCCAGUGGUUUGAAUAAAAAGAAAAAAGAGAAUGAAGAGAAAUCUGAUAAUGUUAUAUCCAAAAUGAGAGAUUCUCCUGGGACUGACAGUGAUAAGGAAGAAUCUGAGGACUUCUGGUAUCCUCCGCCUGGAGAACGUUGGGAUAAUGACGAUGGGGGCGAUAGAUGGGGUUCUGGCUCAGAGCCAGAACUAGAACCAGAGAAUAACGAUUCUAUUGCUCAAGAUGAACUGUCUGAAGAGGCUGCCCAUGAAGCGAGAAAACUAUCUAAGCAGGCGAAGAGAAUGACCCUUGAAAUUGGACCCAGCAGCUUUGCCCCAAGGAAGAAAAAGAAGAAGACAGAUACUGCCUCGUGAAAUCAUGAUUAUAUGUUUAUUAUAAUCAGAUCAGAGUACACCAAUUUGCAUGAUCCGGUCAAUUAUGUAUUUAUUUAAGGUUUCUUCCCAGAAGAAGCCUUUGUGAAAUAUUUAAUUUUUAUGUUCUUUACGAGGAAAAGGUUUUCUAUAUAGGCACUGUCUUUCUGGUUAAGGGAAGCAUAAACACAUUCUUGCUUAGCUUUGUUAUACUCUUAUGUUAUGUUAUGAUCAAGGAUGCAAAUCUAUCUAUUAUUACUAUUACUAUAUAUAUAAUAAUAAUACGAGUAGCAAAAGAAGUC